CUGCGGAAGCCGCUGCUACAUGUAAACAAAGCGGACCGAUCAGGUGGAGAUCAGCUCCGUUUAAUCAAUAAUACAAUCAAUAAAGUCAAUCAGACGGAUCCAGGGCCGAGAGUCCGGGUCAUGGAGUUCCGCAGAGACUGAACCGGAACCAGCAACAUGUCCAUGGAAGACCCGUUCUUCGUCGUUAAGGGUGAAGUACAGAAAGCAGUGAACGCAGCUCAGAGCCUCCAUCACAGAUGGAGCGAGCUGCUGCAAGAGGGAGGCGGAGCCUCCAAGGAGGAAAUGGACUGGACGACCAAUGAGCUGAGGAACAGUCUGCGCUCCAUUGAGUGGGACCUGGAAGACCUUGACGAGACCAUCAGCAUUGUUGAGUCCAACCCAAAGAAGUUCAACCUCGAUGCAGCCGAGCUGUCGAAAAGGAAAGCCUUCAUCACCAGCACCAGACAGACUGUUAAGGAAAUGAAAGAGCAAAUGUCGAGUCCAGCUGCAGCCUCAGUGGACAGAAAGAACAGACAGGAUCUGCUCGGCGAGCGUGGUGCUCAGGGUCCAAUUUGGCAGCCCGGUCCUGAUAAAUACAGCCGACUGGACCGGCAACUGCAGAGCGCCAACUCCCAGUUUAUAGAAGAGCAGCAGGUCCAGCAGCAGCUGAUAGCGGAGCAACAGGAUGAACAGCUGGAGCUUGUGUCGGGAACAAUUGGAGUCCUGAAGAACAUGUCCGAGAGGAUCGGCAUGGAGUUGGAUGAACAGGCCGUGAUGUUGGAUGACUUCACUCAUGAGGUGGAUAACACGCAGUCAAGAUUGGACAACGUCAUGAAGAAACUGGCCAAAGUGUCUCACAUGACCAGUGAUCGCCGUCAGUGGUGUGCUAUCGGUGUGUUGCUCGCCAUCCUCUUCGUCGUCGUCCUUCUCUUCUUCAUCCUCUGAUAGAUGCGUCCUCCUGUCAGCACAGAACUCGUCUGUCUGCUGAACUCUACUGCGCCCUGUUGGACUCUACUGAACUCUACUGCACCCUGUCGGACUCUACUGAACUCUACUGAACUCUACUGCACCCUACUGCACCCUGUUGGACUCUGCUGAAGUCUACUGAACUCUACUGCACCCUGUUGGACUCUACUGAACUCUACUGCACCCUGUCGGACUCUACUGAACUCUACUGCACCCUGUCGGACUCUACUGAACUCUACUGAACUCUACUGCACCCUACUGCACCCUGUUGGACUCUGCUGAAGUCUACUGAACUCUACUGCACCCUGUCGGACUCUACUGAAUUCUACUGGACUCUGUUGCACCCUGUCGGAUUCUACUGGACUCUACUGGACUCUACUGCACCCUGUCAGACUCUACUGGACUCUACAGGACUCUACUGAACUCUACUGCACCCUGUCGGACUCUACUGAACUCUACAGGACUCUACUGAACUCUAUCGGACUUGGUCAUAAACAAAAUGUCAUAAAGCAGAUACCGGUCAGUCCAGUAAAGUCCUGAUCCUGCAGGUAACGCACCUGAGCUGCCAGAGAACAAUCAGCAGAUACUAUCAGUCCACCUUAAAACUUACUGUAAUAAUAAUUAAUACAAACAGUAUUUAAUGUAGUUUAACAUCAACAUAACAAAGACAGAACAGUUAGCUCCAGUUUAACUGGUCAGUUUAGUGAAACUCAACUUAUUGAAUGUGAUUAUAUUGUAUAAUAGGGUUAUUGAACUCUUUUAUUGAAACAAACCAAAUAAUUGAAUUAAAUAAUUAUAGUUAUAAAUUAAAGUUAAUCAGGAAAACAAGUUACUGGUUACAUUCGACUCUACUGGACUCUACUGGACCCCUAACUACAGAUGUUCCUAGUGGACUAUCAGUCAUUAGAUAAAGCCAAUAGUCGACUAAUCAUCAUGUUUCUGGUAUUACUGUAUUGAUUUAUAUGUGAACAGCCGCCUGUUAAACAGAAACAGUGGUAAUGAUUGUGAAUCAGAACAACCAACAAGGAGACUGAACCUUUAGUUCAUUUAUUCCAACACAGUGUAACAUCACACAGUCUGCUUGUUCAACACACGGAAUAAAUAACUUAGAACUUCACUGAAACUAAUCCUGGCGGACUGAUCGAUACGAUGGAUGAUGGAUAACGUUAACAGUUACUGACUGAUUAACUGGCUACUAAUUGGCUCCUCUUCCUCCGUUUUAUUCCUCUCCUGUCGCUGCCUGAACCCGCCGGGUCUUCAUCCCGAGAGUCAGAGUCCUGGUCGGAGCUGCUGGACAUCAGCCGGCCUCCGUCGCCUGCCCCGCUCCAGUUCUGUGGUUCAUUCGGGCCCCGCUCCAGUUCUGUGGUUCAUUCAGGCCCGCUCCAGUUCUGUGGUUCAUUCGGGCCCCGCUCCAGUUCUGUGGUUCAUUCAGGCCCGCUCCAGUUCUGUGGUUCAUUCGGGCCCCGCUCCAGUUCUGUGGUUCAUUCGGGCCCCGCUCCAGUUCUGUGGUUCAUUCGGGCCCCGCUCCAGUUCUGUGGUUCAUUCGGGCCCGCUCCAGUUCUGUGGUUCAUUCGGGCCCCGCUCCAGUUCUGUGGUUCAUUCGGGCCCAGCUCCAUUUCUGUGGCUCAUUCGGGCCCCGCUCCAGUUCUGUGGUUCAUUCGGGGCCCCGCUCCAGUUCUGUGGUUCAUUCGGGCCCCGCUCCAGUUCUGUGGUUCAUUCGGCCCCGCUCCAGUUCUGUGGUUCAUUCGGGCCCAGCUCCAUUUCUGUGGCUCAUUCGGGCCGUCAGUUCUGUGGUUCAUUCGGGGCCCCGCUCCAGUUCUGUGGUUCAUUCGGGGCCCGCUCCAGUUCUGUGGUUCAUUCGGGCCCCGCUCCAGUUCUGUGGUUCAUUCGGCCCCGCUCCAGUUCUGUGGUUCAUUCGGGCCCAGCUCCAUUUCUGUGGCUCAUUCGGGCCCCGCUCCUGUUCUGUGGCUCAUUUGGCCCAAUAGCAGCACUAACUAGCUAAUAGCAGCUAGUACAGUUAGCAUAUGCAGCAGUGCAGUGGUAAGAGACUUCCUGUGUUACAAGACGAGGUUACGAGGAGCAGCUCCUCAACGCAGUUUAACUUUGGUUUGGUUUCUCUGCGACUGUCAGACUGAAAGUGUCACUGAGACUCUCAAGAGACUGACGAUACAGUCGACCAUUAGGGGGCAGCACUACUGUGUAUACCUAAUUUUACAGGACUGGACUAGACUGGACGUAGGACUAAAAAGGCACUUUGGUUCUUUGAGUGUUUGACUGUUAAAAUCAUUUCAGAGGUCAAGGUCAAACCAGGUGGUAACAAGUUUGAUGUGUUUUAUGUUUGUGUUUGUUUAUUUAAAGGGCUGAAAUAAUAAUUUCAACUCCAGUGUAAUCGCAGUUUAACUCUGAGUUUAACUUUACCUCUGGUUUAACUCCAGUUAAGCUCCAGUUUAAUUUCAAGUUAAGUGCAAUUCUAACUUCAGCUUUUCUCAAGUUAAACCCAGUUUAACUCCCAACCUGAACUCCAGUUUUAACUCUGUUAAUGUCAGUUUAAUUCUAUUUUUUUUAACUUCAGGUUUAAUUGUGGCGGUUUAGUCUGAUGUUUCUUUAAUGUAAGAACACUAAAACUUCCUGUUUCUGUUUCUGUUUUUCUGAUUUUUCAGUUUACAGUAAGUUUUUGUUUUACUGACUUUGUUUUAUUUUUUAUUUCAUUUUUUUCUUUCCUGUACCAUAUCAAUCAUCUUAUUGAUCAGUUUACUGAUCAGUGGUAGUUAAACUGUCACUAAUUUAGACUAUAUACACUUCCUGCUGCUGCUUCACAAUAAAGGCCCAUCUCUAGUGGAAUAUUUUUAAUGUGAAGCAGCAGCAGAAAGUGCGGUCCUGAACUAGGUAACUGCUUGUGAAUAUAAAUUGGUUGAAAUCAGGUAACAGGUGAGCUGUAAGACGAAGCAGCCAAUCACAUCGUCCCACACCAUCAGGUUUACGGUACACAUGGUGGUAAAUUUACACGUCUGCAGGUGAUGAAAUGCUGUAAAAAUAUGAACGGUUUUAUUGAGCCACAGUGUUCACAAAUCAGUUUAAUACUAAAUACACUUAAAUACAGUAAUUAGUAAGUACAUUAUUAACACUAAUUUCAUAAAUCCAUCUAGUCAUUUUCCAGCAAAUUUCACAAAAGAAUUCAGUAUUUUUUUAUUUUUCUUUCAGGGAAAAUGUCAGAUUGAAUCUUUAAAUAGAAUUAAUUAGUGUCUUCUGUCAGAGUGAGAAGCUGAUUUUCAUAAAUUAAGCAGAAAAUGUCAGUUUCAACUGAUAAUGUUUGUUGUUUCAAAACUUUAUUUCUGGAAACAAAACCAACAUGGAGUCCUAAAAUAAUAUAAUAAUAAUAAUAAUUACUGUAUUUUGUUGACACAUGAAUCAGACCAGAAGAACAGAUCAAUGACUGAAUUACGGCUGAAUGAAGACCAUAAAUGUAUUGAUCAGUUUAGUUAAACUGUGUUAUUGAUGGGUGAAUGAAAACAUGGUCUGUCUUUAUUAUUUUACUUUUUGUCGAGCAGCUGAGUGAAGUUUUUGUGUCUGCAGGUAAAUUUUAUUUCAAUAAACUAAUUCAGAAAAUAAAAACAAA